AAUUGGCGCCCCUUUUCCCCUCUUCGCAAUUCAAGUAUGUAUCCUCCUGCUGCUGCUUCUCCCCCUCCGCCAAACAAUUUUCACACAGUACACACACACGCACAGUAUGCUUCCACGCAAACGACCGUCCAAGCCCAAGCUCAACAGUCCCUUCGUUCCCCCUUUCGCCAAGCCCCUACCCGCCAAGCGCCUUAAACCAACAGCCUCCACCGCAAAUGUACCCGCUCCAGCCGAGCGCAGAACGACGCCGUCUCCUCAGAGCCAAGGCCCAAUUGACAAAAUGGUGGUCGUGUUGGCGGAAGCCGGCUGCACGCUGCUAAACCCAGCCGGACCUCCGUGCCUCCCCUCCGAUCUCUACGGCUUCCGCCAGCGUCUCGAUUCACUGUUCUCCGAUGAUACCUCGCUGCGGUCUCAGUUCCUCAAGGGCUUCUCCGAGCAUAUUUCGUCCGUCGCCAAUUUGCGCCGGGUCUUGUUGCCUACUCAACAGGAUGGAUUUGGAUCGGUAACAAGUGAAAGCCUAAUCAGAGUAUUGUUACUGGUUAAGUGCAUCCAGCAAGACCUUUUGGACAUGUUGCUCGAGAAACUUCCCGAGUAUUUUGAUGGGGACUCUAAUGCGAAUGGUUCUGGACUCACACACUCCUCGUGUCUCUAUGAUGAUGUAGCAAGGCUUAUACUGAACCAGUUCCGGUGGCUUGACUUUCUCGUAUGUUCCGAGGGAUUUGUCGAGAAACUUCUACAGGUCUUAUCAAUUUGCCCCCAUCAUCUGAAGAAAGAGAUAAUAGAGGCGCUACCUGAGAUCAUAGGUGACCAGAAUAAUGAGACUGUUGUUAGUUCACUUCAGCAGAUGCUCCAGGAGGACUCAUCUAUUAUUGUUCCGGUGCUCGACUCGUUUUCCAAUCUCAAGUUGGACGAUUUGUUGCAAGACCAGGUGAUUACGAUAGCUCUAUCCUGCAUACGGACCAUUGAUAUCGAGCACAUGCCCUAUCUUCUUAGAUAUUUGCUUCUUUCCGCGAAGGCGUUAAAUGCUAGGCGAAUAUUCUCGCAUAUACGUGAACAGCUGAAGUUUUUGGGAGCUUCUCACGCACGAACCUCGCAGCGUAGCAAACUUAAAGGAAAAGCAGUUGUGGACAAUACAGAAGCUUCAAUUCUUGAUUCUCUUAGAUCUAGCUUGCGCUUCAAAAAUAUUCUUUGUAUGGAGUUGCUUAAAGAACUGAAAAGCUUGGAGGAAGCUUGUGAUCAUAAAGUGAUAGACAUAUGGUUACUUACACUCAUAUUCAUGAACAGUGAAUCUUUGCAUAGGAGUGUUGAAAAGUUGUUCAAGAAGAAAAUUGUUGAAGGUUGUUUUGACGAUCAUAUGUUUGAUCAGUGCAUUCAUGGUAUCAAAGAUUUGCCGAAGGAUUUUCUACGCACGUUUCUAUCACUAUCUGCGUACUUGUUGGGUUGCAAAGAACAAAGGGCUCAGGAAUUUGGUAUCCACAUUUAUAUAUGUCUAUUUGAAGAAUUUGAUGAUGCUUACACAAGACAAGAAGUUCUAGGGGCAUUACUUACUCAUGUGGGCUCUGGUAUAUGCUAUGAAGUAAGUGCUGCUUUAGACGCUAUGGUUAAGCUGGCCUCUAAGAAGUCCCAGGAGUUGAUUUCACUUUCAUCAUAUAUAACAGGUAUCUUGGAUUACUUGGAGGGCUUUAGUGUUGCGAGUCUCCACAAGGUGUAUGAACUUUUCAUAUGCCUUGCAGUAUCUGCUCAAUCUUGCACACAACCUUAUGGAUGUUCUAUCGCGAAUGAGCUUCUAAUGAUAUUGAGAAAACAGAUAAAUAACUCUGAUCUGAUAUAUAAGAAGAUGGGCCUCAUUGGAACAGUGAAGCUAGUUGCCUCCAUUGGAGAUAUAAAUAACACCUCCCUCCCACAUCUAUCACUAAGGUCAAACCACGAGGAAGCUGUGGAACUCUUGAAGUUAUCUUUGGAUUCUUGCAAACAGCUGCCGUUACCAUCGGCUUUCUUUUAUGAAGAACUGAUUUUAACUUUGCAAAGCAAAACACUUCAUCCAACUAUUAUGGAAUGGGUUGGCAAACAAGUUAUAGAGUUUGAGUCAACAUAUUUAUCAGAUCUGGAUAGAGGAAAUUUGGCUGUUUCAGACUUGUCUUAUAGUUUGGAAGGUGAAGUGUGGAUGAACCUUGAUGGUGAUAUAUCUCCUAUAUGCUUAAACAUUUUACCACUUGUUUUCCCAUUGUGUAGACCCACUUCGCCAUUGCAAGUUCUUCCUACAAAAUUUGUGUUACUUUCUGUGGUUGAGAGAUUGGCGAACCAAGGAUCACUUGGAGGCAUUGAUGCUCUUCUUGGUUGUCCAUUUCACCUUCCUUCCUCCAAGCUGUUCUCUGAACUCUCUUGGUUGUCUUUAACUGCAAAGCAAAAGCAGAUUGCUAUACUCUCGCUAUAUUAUGCGGAUAACUGGAUGAGAGAACUGCUAAAUGUCUUUUCAAGGCAAGUUGUUGAGGAGUGCAACUCCAUAAGCCAAGCAACGAAGGAAGACAUAAUUAUUAAACUAUUGAAACGCUUGAGAAACCUUGUGUAUGUUGAGUGCAUAUUGGACAAUUUUCUCAAAAAACACCCAAUUCUUCUGCCCGAGCUCUAUCCACAUUUUGAGUUGUCACCAACCAUUGAGUUUGACAAUGCGAAGGAACCAGAAAGCAUGAGUGAGACUCUUAAAGAGAGUAAAAGCAGCUCGCAAAGUAAAAGAAGAAGCAAAGGGAAGUCGUCAUUGCCGUCAUCCAACUCAAAUGAUGAGGAUAAGUCCAGGCAGCCAACAAUAGUUGACUUGUGGAAGAAAGCUGGUGCUACACCAAGCCAAGAAGCUACCAAAGAAGAUGUAUCUAUAACGUCCUCAAAGGCCACACAAUCUGAAUCUGAAGGAAAUCAGGCUGACAAAUAUAGUACAUCAGAAGAUAUUGAAAUUUCUGCAUAUUUAAAGUGUUUAGAAGUACAAAAAUACAAAUUCAGGCCCCUUUCAUUUGAUUGUCUUUCCCUACUUGCGCACCUAGAGAAAGAUCAAGAUUCUUGUUGUGCAGACCCAUCCGCCAAGUUGCCUCUUCAUUUGUAUCUCAUGCGUGAUCUUCACCAAAAGCUGUUGUGCUCAAGUCCCUCAAGAAAACAAAACUCAGCAAAAGGUUCCAAUGCUUCAGCUGGAUUGCUUGGACUGCAAACCAAUGAUUUCAUAAGAAAGAUACCACCUUUGUUUCCAUAUCUUAGGAAAAACUUUGACAGUGCAAGGCACAUUCUUAGAGAAGGUUCUGAAACUUGUCAAGAACACUGGAAAGAGCAGUGUAGAUUGGCUGCAAACCCAGAGAUCAUCAACACGAGCAUUUCUGCAUCCCCAGCCCUUACUUCUAUUUCAGUUUUUAAAGAGACACUUCUCUGCUUUGGAAAGAUACUUCAUCUGGCAGUUUCUCUGAAGGAGAAAACCAUCCUCUCAGGUCUUCUUCAGGCCUUCCAACCAAUGGACACACCUGAUUGCUUUUUCCAAGGACUCGAACCGGUUCCUUCACCAGGGAAUACAGAUUAUUUAUAUUGUGGUGCUUAUAGUUUCCUUGGAGCUGUCUUUGAUGUGGAAAUCGAAUUCUCUUUUACACUCGCUUUUGAGGUCUUGCUGACUCUAGAGGUGAUGAUUACGUCUAUUCGUAUGAUCCUCGGUGGAUCCAUAUGCCAAAAUGGAAAGGAUGCAUGCACGGGAUUUAACAACGAAAUUGUUCCUUUUCUCUGCAACAAACUAGAGAGUUAUGCUGAAAAACUCUUAAAGCACAAUUGUGUCAAGGAUGAUGUUGAUGGUAGUUCAAAAGCGAAAGGGGAAAUGAUCCACAAGAUACUCCGUAUCUACUUGGGAAACUGCCAAUCAACUUCCGAUACGUUGAAUAAGCUUGCCCGCUCUAUUUUACCUAAGUUUAGGAGGCAAAAAGAAAUUGUAGGGAAAUAUUAUGACUGUGACCUCAUAGUUCGAUGUGGUAGUCAUAUUCCCUCAAAUGCUUUUGGGGAUGAGUUCUACCCAAAGCCCAUUUAUCAUGGUAUCAGAGCAGCCGAGUUUGUUUGUUUGGAGGCGAUGUUGGGGUUGGACCCUACCCAUUUGGUAUCUUCAUCUUCUUCUGUAACUGCAUUAGAGGGUGACAAUGAUGAUAAUGAGACUUUUCCUACACUCUGCUCUGCAACAAUAAUGGUCUGGUAUCGAGUAAUGCUUGAGGAGAACAUUUCCACUCUCAUCAAUUUGGCUAAGGAAAUUGCAUCCCAAGAGAAGCCAAGAGGUGGUCUCAAACCCGAAAAUGUAGAGAGUUUCCUCGAGAGAAUUCUGCAGUCUGUAGAUGUGUUUGUAUCCUUAAUAAAUGUGUGCAGAGAUAAUGACAAGGUGAGUGUUCAUGCAAUGGCUGUCAAGUACGGCGGGAAGUUCAUUGAUUCCUUCCUUAAAGGGAUGUUGUAUUAUGAUUGUCUAGUAAGCCAAUUCUUUUGCUCUCCAGUUUUUAAUUUCUUAAAGGCCCAGUUUCAGAUGCACAAGGACCUCAUUCUUAAUUUGAUAAGAGAGCUCCAGAAAGCAACAAGGACCAUUCAGACACUAUGUUCAGAAGCAAAGGGCUCAAAACAAACUUCUAUAACUGGAAAAAUUCCCGCCACAAAGAGAUCUAUGGAACGAUUUCUGUUUCACGUCAAGGCUCUUCUUUAUGAAACCCCGAGUGGAUGCUCAUUUUGGAUGGGCAAUCUAAAGCAUAAGGAUUUGACGGGACAUCUAGUUAGCUCUCAAGCAUACUUGGAUACAAAUGAUGAUGAUACAGACGAUAAUCAUGCAGAAACCAUUAUUGAAGACCAAGAGAAUCCCCCAGAAGCUAUUGUUGAAGAUCAACCAACGAAUGUGUCCAGUCCAUAAAAUAGGAAUUGGAUAUAAAAGGUACAGAAAGGGUCUCUGUUGAUGAUAAUUUUGAUAUGGUGAUAUGUGAUGGGCAAAGCUUUUAGCUUUGUUCAUCUCCUUUUGGUGCCAUGACAGCACAAAUGAAUGGCGAGAAUUUAACCAUUCCCAUGGACAAAAGCAGUAAAGUGAUUUGUGUUAGAUAUUUGCAACAUUAUGAAUUGGCAUCUGGAAUGUGAAUCUCUUUGCGGUGAAUGCACUAUAUCUGGAGAUAUAUGUAAUAUAUUGGCUUUCUGUAAAACAGAAAUGAAAAAGAACAAAAAAAAAAA